AUGGAGGAUCCAAAUCACCCCCAAAUCGCCGAUGAUACUGAACCCGACGUUCCAACCCCUGCAACCACCGCUCGCCGUGGAAAUAAGCGGAAGAAAACCGGGCCGAAGCGAACUGCAACCCAGAAAAAAAGGUUCAAGGAGAAAUGUCAGGCUAUUGUCGAAACCCUAAAACCCAUUCCUUUCAAACCUGCUAAAGCUCUCGACUUUGACAGCCACCAGAGCCUUCUGGAGUGUCUGGGGUUAUGGGGUUUUGUCCACAUCGAGUUUGAUUCUGUUAUUCGCACUGAUCUACUCGCUCAGCUUAUUGUUAGCUAUAGUCCUACCGGAAGGUGCAGUUAUGUUAAUGAUAUCAAGGUGAUGGUGAACCGUGCUGAACUAGGCCGUGCUCUCAAGCUUCCGAAGAAGAUUCCGGCUAGUGCUGUCCCUAUCAUUGCUGUUGAUGAAGUUGACAAAGAGGAUAUUGAUUUCCUUAAUCAAUUGGUGUCAAACUGGAUGCUUUUGCAUGAUGAUACAUUCAUGAAGACAAAGGAUAUUAUGCAGCUAAUUAACUUUGUCAAGGAUGGGACUUUUGAGAAGGUUGACUGGGCAGGACUGAUAUGGAGCAUGUUAGAGAAGGAAUUGAAGGCACCUAAUCUUGCAAACUGUUAUUAUGCCUCACAUUUGCAGCAUUUGAUUAAGUCUCAGCACAAGGAGCUGUUGGAGGAAACUCCGGUGGAGGGUGAAGGAGAAGAGGGUGUGGCAAAGGAUGAGGAGGAAGAGGGUGAGGUAAAAGAUGAGGAGGAAGACGAAGAGGUGGCGGUGAUAACGGAUGAGGUGGAUGGGAGUGGUGAUGUGAGAAUGGGUGGGGUUGAAGAGAGUAACGUUUGUGAGUUGGACGAAUCCAAUACUGAGUUGAGUUUGAAGCAGGAGGAUAAUGUUGAGACUUUACCGGUGGAAAGACAGAAGGGUGACGAGGAACAAAUAAUGGAUUUUGAGCCGUCUAAGGAAGAAGAAUUUGUACUAAAAGCAACAAGAGUGUUUGAAGGCUCAGGCAUUACGCGUGCUCAAAGGUGUUCUUAUGAUUUAAUGGAGGAGAAUUUGUACCAAAAGCAACAAGAUUGUUUGAAGUUGCAAAGGUCCGUAAGCAAUGGCAAAAGAAAGAUCCGAGAUUUAGAAAAGCAAUUGGUAGAAGAGAAGGCCAAGUCGGCUCGACUUGAGGGAGAACUUGCAAGACUUCGAGCCCAGCAGAGGGAAACAGGAAACAAUCAUGCUACUGCCAGAUUGCCUUAG